AUGGAAGCGGCCACUGGCGUGCCUUUUGGCUACCUUUCAAACGAAGUAGUUAUUCAAAUUCUUCAUAAUUGUUCAUAUCAGGAUAUACUUCGGUUCGUAUUGACAUGCAAAAGGAACCAUGACAUAGUUGCAAAAUCUGUCAGUUUGCAGCUCCACAUGGAACUUGAGGUGAAUGGCCUCGAGGUUGUCAAGGAGCUGCAACUGAAAGGCGCAAGCUCCGUGUCUUCUUCAAUAUUGGAAGAGCUGAAUUGCUACAGAAAUGCCUGGCUGAAACCAGAGUUCCGUGCUCCAGUUGAACGCCCUGUAGGUCACCCAAGGGUACUGCGCUGGGAGCUCCACAACAACUCUUACUUCAAAGCCUAUUCUUCAUUUGAGCCUCAUGAAUAUCCUGAUACUCUCCAAAUUAUACCCUUGGACUCUAUGCCUAUGGCCCCUUCAGUCCAUUUUCACACCAAGUUUUAUAGGUUCACACUAGAUCCUAUCCAAGAUUUGGCUGUCCUGGUCGUCAUGAUCCCUGAACGGUCUAAGUGUGUAGAAUUGCACAUUCGCUCGCUCACUACUGGAGAACUACAUGCACAAGCUCGUCGGCCCAACUUGAUUAUCGAGUUUGAUUUUGAUGUUUCAGCCCUCGCUCACGCGGGCUUCCACUACGCUCCCGAAGUUUUGGGGUCGGUUCUAGCAGUCCGGUUCAAUAGCAAGGCAAAACGAAUGUACGAGAUAUUAACUUGGGACUGGAGGUCUGGGAUUUUGCUUCAUCGCAUCAGUUGCGAAAAUGGAACUGGCGACGCUCAUUUCAUCAACUCUUCUCAUAUUGCUGUUUUUGCCGCUACUAUCCGGCCCACAGGGAGUCGGCUACUUCGAGAUAUCGCACUCUCUAUCUAUGACAUAGGCAAUCCAGUAAAUCACAACAUCGAGGCAGAAAAUCAUUACUACGUAUCUAAAUAUCCUACCUUAAAUCCUUCUAUGACGUUCAAUUUCCCAAAACUGCGUGACUCGCACUCGGUCUUCUCGAUAGGAUUCAUGGCAAGAUCAGACCCUGUUCCAGGUCGUGUAGUUUACACUCGCUAUGUCUCGUUUUCCCACCCCCAAAGCAUCACCCUAGGUCUAGUCCUGUCUCUAUUUCAGCAUCCCGUCUCGCAGAAUAAUUUGGGAAGCAUUCGUGAAUUCCGUGGAUUUGUCAGCACUAGCCUCCUCCUCGAUCAUCUUGCACAAUCUCGUGGCUCGCAUGAACUUCCAAAGGUCUUGUCCUGGGAUCAAUGGGGGGAGAAAGCUACCAGGUGGUUCCCAGAGAGUGAAGUGGAUUUGUCGUAUUCUCAAAUGUCUGGCUCUCGAUAUGUUUCAGUCAAGCAUGGACCAAGCGGGCUUCGUGGACUUCAUCAUUUGGUGAUCACUGAUUUCAACACGCCGAUUGUACAAAGGCACCAGGUCUCGGACCAUCUACUAACGCCAUAUUCAUACAAGUUUGAAAGAAAGGGGGAUAAUAUCAACCUCCUUCAUGCCAAUGGUUCAACGACCAAUCGACCAACGUCUCCUUCUGAGGAUGCCCCGACUCUAUCUGACAAUGCGGUGAUUAUAAUGACACUCGGGAGUGAUGUGCCCGGUACAUUCGAAGUGGGCUUCGAAGAGACGAUUGUAUCGAGAUUACCCUGUCGGGUUAUUAUUCGAGUCAAUCCCGAAGCUCCUCACGAUGGAUGGCUCUUGGACGGCAGCCGUCUUAUUGGCAUCAAGAAUUAUUUGAGUGAAUACCCGACUCUGACCGUUUAUGAUCUGCAAAUACCGGCCUGA